AUGCAGCAAGAAGAACACGCCGCAGAGCAGCGGCCCUUGUCUCCACUGCGCUCGAUAAAGCUGUCGAACCUGACGCGCAGACUGAGCACACGACCAAGCCGGCCAUCUAUCCUUGCCCAGGACGAUGCCGACUCGUUCGACUCGCCGCGCUCGACGCCCAGCGGCAUGUUUUCAGGCAUGCGCCGCGGCUCGACGCCCUUGGCCCAUGCUCAUGCGCAGAGUCCCCGUGUAGACCAAGAGGCAGUCGCCUCUCCUCCCCUCGAUCUGGGCGCGCUCGGCGUGCCGCGCGCACCCCCGGUGGUCCCUGGCCCCUUUUUGCGCCGCGUCUCGCCCAGUACAUCGUCGCUGCAGCGGCAAAAAGACGCGCCUGCAGCCACGCCAGCUGUCCCGUCCUUCUUCCCUGGCAUGCUAGGUGAUGUUGUGUUGUCUGGGCAUGCGCGCCCUAGAUCGCGCGCAGCAUCGUCGCGUCUAGCCAUUCCCGGCGAUCUGCUAGCGCAGACCACGCUUCAAUUAAGCCCGUCGACCGACUGUAUCAACAUGUUUGGCCCCUUGCAAGUUACGUCCAACUAUUCUCUCUCCGGCAAGGUCUACGUGCAAGUCCCUUGCGCAGCGUUUGACGACCAUAUGGAGCUGCUGUCUUUGCGCGUGUGCCUGUGUGGGUACUCGAUGUAUGUCGAUAGCUCCUCGCGCUACUCGGCGAUUCGCAUCUGCAAUGCCGAGCAUGCAGUGGUGACCCGGCCUGUACAGCUCGCGCUCACGGAGCAGUCUGUGUGCUACGAGCUUGGAUUCGACGUCUUUGCGCCCGGGUGGCUCCCUGCGUCGUUUGCGUCGCGCAAUGCCAGCACAUUUUAUAGCCUGGAGGCCGUCGCCAGCCUCGGCAAAAGAGCACGGCCAGCCAGCGCGGCCUCGAGCGAUGACCACUUUGUCAAUGCCAUCGAAACGCUCGAUCCUUCUGCCCGGGAAAACAGCGUGUGUGUGCGCAGUGCACCGCACCUGAUCCGCGUCCAGCGCAGCAGGGAGCUGGUGCCCGUCCCGGUAGCCCUGCACGCCAUAUUUGAGGGCGAAGAGGUGCAAGCGGAAACGAAUCCGUUUUUGCGUGCGCGCCCGUCCAUGAAUGCGUUUCUGAGCACGAAUCCAUUUUCGAGCGCGGCGCCCAGCACAAGCGCGCGCGCGCCCGAGCCCCCGCUAAAAUUCAAGGCGCAGCCGCGUGUUCCUCUGCGGCACUACACGCACCUCCCAAAAGUGCCACUGCCGGUCCCCGUGGUGAUUCAAGGCAAAGUGCACGACCACCUCCCCCUCAAAAUCACGCUCUCCGUCCCCGCGCACACCAACACAUACGUGUUGGGCGGCGAGGAGCAGCCGUCGCUCGUUUUUGGCCUCCAAGUAGAGCUCCAUCCGCUGUGGGAGCAAACGAAAAUGUGGAGCGAUAUGCGUUUGUGCGAGCUUGAAGCGAUGUGCGUGCAAAUGGAAAAAUACAGCACGGCGUUAUCGCGCAGCUACUGCACGGCGUUUGCGCUGCCUUCUCACGAGCCUCCGCUCGAUCCCGACCUCAUUCCCGAGUUUGACCAAGAGGCGUGUGCAAACCAUCCGGGCUACGUGACGUACCACGGCAUGCCGCAGUAUCCAUACAACCGUACGCUGCUGCAAACGCGCCACCAACUCGAGCAGGCGGGCAUGGCGCCUGUCGAUAAGCGAAACCAUGCCGACCGGUUCCGGUCCUAUACAGUCGGCCCGCUGCCGCAGCGCGAACACGAUGCCAAAGGGAAAAAGCGCAGCGUUUCAGCGCCCGCGGUCGAGCCGCCAGCGCCAGCGCCAGCAUCUCUUAAGCGGGGCGCGACACAGAAGCGCAAAAAGGCGUAUACCAAUGCAUUCUCGCGUCUGUCGAUGCUUGCAAGUGCCAUUCGCGACGCGGGCGAAGGCUCGGAGCGCAAUGCGUCCAGCGGCUCGAUUCCCCCGCAGGAAACGCAGGCAGCGCCCGGCCACGAAAACCCAAAAGCCUCGUAUGUCUUUGAUGGGCGCGAUGGUUUUGGCAUGGCGCUGGGUGUGAAGCGCACCAAACUCUCGUUUAAUCUUCCCCUCGUGCCGUCCGCGGCCAAAGACGCGCAGGGCAUGGGCUCGCCGCAGCUCUUGCCGGACUAUGAGAGUCCGCAUGUGCGCAUCCGGCACAAGCUCAAGGUCAAGCUGCGGUUUGGCUAUGGAUCCAGCCAGCUCUCCAUCAAUGCGGGCACACAAAGUUUGGUCAUGUGCGUUCCGGUGCGCUUCAGCGAGGCGCCGGCAAAAGAAGCGCUUGCGUUUUCCUCGCCCAUCGUAUUUCCUCCUUCGGCACACACCUGUAUGCCUGCAGAAGGCGCACCGAGCGUUCCUGUGCCGCCGCUGGUGACGCAAGCAACACGGCCUGUGCAUGCCACCAACGCGCAGAAAUCCUUUCUCCCCGCCUAUGUCCAGCUUUUCCGCGACGAUGGAUCGCGGCUUGCGGACGAGACGGAAGUGCUGCCGCGCUAUCCAGAACGGAAUGGCGUGCCGAUGCCCGAGGCCGUGGCGGCAUCGGAUCCUUUCUCACUGCACCUCGAGACGGUGCUUCGUCUUGCGCCGGACCAUGUGCGCGAGGCAAAGACGGGUGCAGUGAUGAACAUGACCGAGGCGCUGAAUGCAGACGACGAUUUGUUUGACGAGGCGGAGCCUGCUUUGCAUGUGGACGAUGAUAUGCUUGAUACAGAGAUCCAGCAGGAUGCGCUUACGAGUGCACCCGGCAUGGACUAUGACAUUGAAGUGGUAGAUUUGGGACCGACCUAG